GGGGGGUCCUUGGCUGUGCUGUGAGACUACUCUGGGCCACUGCACUGCGCUGCCUGAGAAUGCGCUCGUCCCACGAACUGGCAGACAUGGACAUGGCAGACUACAGUGAGGCCCUGGACCCUGCAUACACCACGCUGGAGUUUGAGAACAUGCAGGUGCUCACCAUGGGCACAGAUUCCUCCCCAGCCGAGAGUGCCAACAUGAAUACUGCCACACACCUGGGCGCUGGCUCACUGUGUGCCAUCUGUGGGGACCGGGCGACGGGGAAACACUACGGAGCCUCUAGCUGUGACGGCUGCAAGGGCUUCUUCAGACGCAGCGUCCGCAAGAACCACAUGUACUCCUGCAGGUUCAGCAGACAGUGCAUAGUGGACAAGGACAAGAGGAAUCAGUGCAGAUACUGCAGGCUGAAGAAGUGCUUCAGGGCUGGCAUGAAAAAAGAAGCUGUACAGAAUGAAAGAGACAGAAUCAGCACAAGAAGGUCCAGUUAUGAGGACAACAGCUUACCAUCCAUCAAUGCUCUCAUCCAGGCAGAUGUCCUCUCCAGACAGAUAUCAUCACCGGGGCCAAUUCUAAAUGGAGACAUCCGGACAAAGAAAAUUGCAGCGAUCACAGAUGUGUGUGAGUCCAUGAAGCAGCAGCUACUGGUGCUGGUGGAGUGGGCCAAAUACAUCCCCUCCUUCUGCGACCUGCCACUGGACGACCAGGUGGCCCUUUUGCGAGCUCAUGCUGGGGAGCAUCUACUGCUAGGAGUAGCUAAGCGCUCGAUGCUAUACAAAGACUUGCUCCUAUUAGGAAAUGAUCACAUAAUCCCACGUAAUUGUCCAGAGUUGGAAGUGAGUCGUGUGGCUGUGAGAAUUCUGGAUGAGCUGGUGCUGCCCUUCCAGGAACUCCAGAUAGAUGAUAACGAAUACGCCUGCCUCAAAGCCAUUGUAUUCUUCGAUCCAGAUGCAAAGGGUCUCAGUGACCCCGGGAAGAUCAAACGCAUGCGCUAUCAGGUGCAGGUUAGCCUGGAGGACUACAUCAACGACCGGCAGUACGACUCCAGAGGGCGUUUUGGCGAACUGCUGCUUUUGUUGCCCACCCUCCAGAGCAUCACCUGGCAGAUGAUCGAACAGAUCCAGUUUGUAAAGCUCUUCGGCAUGGCCAAGAUCGACAACCUGCUGCAGGAGAUGCUGCUGGGAGGCUCUGCGAAUGAAGCUCUACACACCCCCCACUCUCUGCACCCACAUCUGGUCCAGGAGCACCUCAGCAACAAUGUCAUCGUCACCAGUAACAUGGCAACUCCAAUUCACAAUGGCCAGAUCUCAGCCACUCCGGAAACUCCAAUACCCUCACCCCCGGCAACAUCUGGCUCUGAACACUACAAAAUGGCUCAGGGUGUCAUAGCAACAGUGCCCAAGCAACCCAGCUCUAUCCCUCAACCCACAAUCACCAAGCAAGAAGCCAUUUAGACUGCACGCUAACACACACAGAGAACACAUGUGGUGGUGCACCUCAGAAAGUUUGUAAUGUAUUUGUUUUAUUUACUUCUGUUGUCUGGGAUAGCUCUAACGUUAGAAUGUUGUGAAAUAUUCAUGAACAUGUUUUUUGUGACCUUUACGGACUUGGAGGAGUAAACAAAACUCUCGUACACACGCACACACACUCGCUUACAUUAAAUGUAAAAUGCCUUAAAAAAAAAAAGUUUUGUGUAAUUACACUGAGUUCAUGAAUGUUACAGUCAUCAGGCCAUUGAAGGAGAUGGGUACUGUACUAUAGUAUUUAAGUAAGAGUCAAACCUAGAUCUAAUUUAAGCCAGUAACAUGGGAUAAACAACAGUUUCUUGUGAGAAUUCAUUGGGCUCAAGGCUGUGUGACAGCUGUGUUGCCUUUCUAAUCCAUCUACAGUUUUCAUGCAUGUUUGUUUAUUUUUGGAUGUCAACAUAAUCACACAAUGCAUUUUGUAUUUCAGUCUGCUCCAAGCAUCAUAUUAGCCAAAUGUAAAUAUCAUGUAUAUUAAAUAGAUUGGUUCACAGACGUUAGAGCACUUUGUGAUGAGCAGAGGCUCCCUGUGAUAGCUCUGACAACUGAAGAAGACCUUUUGUUUUCACUUUCAGAUAUGCCAAAUGCUAUGUGUUCUGUUAGAUGUGUAGACAUUUUCUGUUGGUUGUUAGGUACUGACAGGUGCCAUGUUAUUUGUGCUGUAAAACCUCUGGAAAGUGCCUCUGGAAACUACACUGCCCUCGCAUACAUGGGCCAUACCUGACCUUGAAAUGUGAAAUGAAAUUAAAAUGUCAAGGUUUUAUUUUUA